UACAAACGCUACGUAAAGUGACAGACGUCGAUUGUGUUGUGCAGUGUACCGAAAGUUUAACAAUCAUGUCCGAGGGUAACAGGCGUAACAUCCCCAUCAAGUUGGAGGACUUCAGUGUCAUUAACACGGAAUUCAGCAGUAUUAGGGAGCGUUUCGACGCCGAGAUGCGUAAAAUGGAGGAGGAGAUGAGCAAGUUCAGGUCCGAGCUGAUGAACAGGGAGUCCAACAACUUCUUCAGAAGCACCACCAGGUCGUACGAAUAUGAGGAAAUGUCUGGAGGGAAUAAGACAAAAUCAUCAAGCUCAACAACAUCACACAACACAUCCGGAUCAGACAUAGCCACAAGGGGAGGUGACGUAAGGACAUGGUACGACGAUCUUAACUCGCCCCUCAUCCAAGAAGACGGCAACAACAAACAAUUAAAGUUGAGGUUCGAUGUCAGUCAAUACGCACCAGAAGAAAUCGUUGUAAAGACAGUGGAUAACAAAUUAUUGGUUCACGCCAAACACGAAGAGAAAACAGAAUCGAAGUCAGUGUACAGGGAAUACAACAGAGAGUUCCUCCUUCCCCAAGGCACAAAUCCAGAGACAAUCAAGAGCAGCUUGAGCAAAGACGGCGUCCUGACCGUGGAGGCCCCGUUGCCCGCCAUCACGUCCGGAGAGAAAUUGAUUCCAAUCAGACAGUAAUUUAUUUGUGUAAUCCGUUUAAUGAAAACCUGACAAGAGAAUUACUUAAUUUACGAAUUUCCACCAGCUUUUAGAAUGUAUUUAUAAUUUCUUAAAAAAAAGUAUAGCAAGUUACUUUUCAUUUUAUUUUUUCGCAGUAUCGUUGUUACGACAAAUAACUGAUAUGUGCUAACGGAAUUAAAACAUUUUGUGAUUGCUUUUUAUGUUUUAAUGUAUAGCAAGCAGAGUCACGUGUAGUACAUUAAAUUAUAUCUUUUUGUAAGUUAUUUAUAAACAAUAAAAAAUAUUUUUAAACAUA